GAGGGGCGGGGCUCCCCGGGCAGCAGCAACAGCAGCAGGCCCGGCCGGGCGCGGAGGGAGGGAGGCCUUUCAAGAUGGCGGCGUCCGUGGAGCCGGAGCCGCAGCCGCAGCCCCUGAGCCUGGAGCUGCUGCCCACCGACCCGCUGCUGCUCAUCUUGAGCUUCCUGGACUACCGGGACCUCCUGAGCUGCUGCUAUGUAAGUCGAAGAUUAAACCAGCUAUCAAGUCAUGAUCCAUUGUGGAAAAGACACUGCAGGAAAUACUGGCUUUUAUCUGACGCAGAGAAGACUCGGAGAAAUCAGAGCUGGAAGGCUAUCUUCAUAAGUAUUUACUCUGAUUUAGGAAGGUAUAUUCAAUAUUAUGCUACACUUAAAAAAGCCUGGGAUGAUCUAGAGAGUUACUUGGGACAGCGGUGUCCCCGGAUGAUUGGUUCUUUGAAAGAUAGUGUGCAGGAGGAAGACCUAGAUGCUGUGGAAGCACAAAUAGGCUGCAAACUCCCUGAUGAUUAUCGAUGUUCAUUUCGUAUUCAUAAUGGACAGAAACUAGUUGUUCCUGGGUUGAUGGGAAGUAUGGCACUAUCCAAUCACUAUCGUUCUGAGGAUUUAUUGGAUAUUGACACAGCAGCUGGAGGAUUUCAACAGCGUCUUGGUUUGAAACAAUGUCUUCCUCUCACCUUUUGCAUUCACACUGGCCUGAGUCAAUACAUGGCACUGGAGUGUGUGGAGGGUCGUAAUAAAUAUGAGAUCUUCUACCAAUGUCCAGAUCAGAUGGCCCGUAAUCCAUCUGCUAUUGAUAUGUUCAUUACAGGUACUUCUUAUUUGGAAUGGUUCACAUCUUAUGUAAACAAUGUCGUAACAGGUGGCUAUCCCAUCAUCAGGGACCAGAUUUUCAGGUAUGUUCAUGAUAAGGAGUGUGUGGCCACAACAGGAGAUAUUACUGUUUCAGUCUCCACGUCUUUUCUACCUGAACUCAGUUCUGUACAUCCACCUCAUUACUUCUUCACUUACAGAAUCAGAAUUGAGAUGUCCAAAGAUGCUCUCCCUGAAAAGGCUUGUCAGUUGGACAGUCGGUACUGGAGAAUAACCAAUGCCAAAGGUGAUGUAGAAGAAGUUCAGGGUCCUGGAGUCGUUGGAGAAUUUCCAAUAAUCAGCCCAGGUCGAGUUUACGAAUAUACCAGCUGUACUACCUUCUCCACUACUUCAGGAUACAUGGAAGGAUACUAUACCUUCCACUGUCUCUACUAUAAGGACAAGUUCUUUAACGUCAUAAUUCCCAGAUUUCAUAUGGUAUGCCCAACAUUCAAGGUGUCUACAGCACGCAUGGUGACCAUUAAUGAUAUCACACUCCUGAGGAUAACACAGAGAGAUAAAGAACGGAUGUUGCUUGAAUGCCAGCAAACACCAGGACCACAUGCUGCCAUGCUUUCUUAUGCAAUGAUUCCAGACUACGUGCUACUGGCCUGCUGUGGUAAAGCGUCCUACAACGGAGGAUGCAAUAAGGCUGCCCUCCCCAGAAACCUUUUGCAAAGGCUUUGGGAGUACCUCCAGGACAGCUUCAUUGAGAUGUCCCUGGAGGAUUUCCGCUCCAUCCCCAGACACGUUAACAGACUUUUCCAGUAGCUGUACUGGCUGCGAAUGCAUCCCAAGUCUUCAGGGCAAAUUAGUCAUUUAAAUGCUUGCUUUUAAACCGUGUAUUAUAUUUACAAAGGUAUACUCACCAGAGGUGCCUUCUCCGCCUUCAAGGUCCGGGAGCCUGGGUUGGGAGGGUUGGAGGAUAUUGGCUCCAGGGUGAUAAAUAGUUCCUGGCUGUCGGGGAGAACAGUUUAUCCACUUGCCUGGUGUGCACUGUCUUCAACCUCCUCCUCAUCAUCAUCUUCCUCAUCCCUGUUGUGUGAAACUCCCUUGCAGGAGUCCAUGUACAAGUGUGGGGUAGUUGUAGGAGAACUGCCUAGAAUUGCAUGCAGCUGCUUAUAGAAGCGGCAUGUCUGGGGCUCUGACCCCGAGCGGGCGUUUGCCUCUUGGGUUUUUUUGUAGGCUUGCCUGAGCCUCUUAAGUUUCACACGGCACUGCUGUGGGUCCCUGCUGUAGCCUCGGUCCUUCAUGCCCUUGGAAAUUUUUUUCAAAUAUUUUGGCAUUUUGUCUUUUGGAACAGAGUUCUGGUAGCACGGAUUUGUCUCCCUAAACAGCAGUCAGAUCCAGUCCAUGCUGGAGCUCUUUUGCGAUUCUGGGACUCCAUGGUCACCUCUGCUGAGGAGAUCUGCACGGUCACCUGUGCUGAUCAGCUUGCCAUGCUGGCCAAACAGGAAAUGAAAUUCAAAAGUUCACAGGGCUUUUCCUGUCUGCCUGGCCAGUGCAUCUGAGUUGAGAGUGCUGUCCAGAGAGGUCACAAUGGAGCACUGCGGGAUAGCUCCCAGAGUCCAAUACUGUCGAAUUGCGUCCACCCUAACCCAAAUUUGACCUGGUGAUGUUGAUUUCAGCGCUAAUCCCCUCAUCGGGGAGGAGUACAGAAAUUGAUUUUAAGAGCCCGUUAAGUCGACAAAAAUGGCUUUGUGUGGAUGGAUGCAGGGUUAAAUUGAUCUAAUGCUGCUAAAUUCGACCUAAACUCGUAGUGUAGAUCAGGGCUGAGAUUGAUCCACUGGUGGUCAAUUUAGCGGGUCUAGUAAAGAACCGCCAAAUCAACAGCAGAUCGCUCUCCAGUCAACCCCUGUACUCUACCCCUGACAAGAAGAAUGAGGUAAGUAAACGAGAGAUUUUUUUCCUGUAGACCCCGCAGUAACUCGACCUAAAGUACAUUGACUUCAGCUACGUUAUUUACGUAGCUGGAGUUGUGUAGUGUAGGUCAACUUACCGUGGUAGUGUAGACAUAGCCCUGAUUAACAAACAAAGCAGGUAUAGCUACCAGUUCUAGAUGAAGGCCUUUAUUUUUUGGGGAGGUGUUGGGGUUUUUUAAACACUUGGUCUGUUACAAGCCUUUUCAGAUGUUAAUUGGGGUGAAGAAAGGUGCAUAUAAUAUCCAAUUCUUAUACCCCUUUUUUAAAGAAGUUACAUGUUCCUGAAAUAUGCCCUUUCGGUCUUUUAUAACUUGUUUUUCUGAUUAAUAUUUUUAAAGGGGAUAACGUGAACAGACUAAAGGCUGGCUUAAAUUUUACUUUUUUUAAUUUAUGAAUUACUUUUUGGGUUAGCUCUUGUGGUUGUGCUGUUUUACAGGAUUAGUUAACCCAGCUCAGUUAGUUCUACGUUCACCAUUUUCAUGUUUUUUGUGUGAUUUGUUUAGUAAACAUAACUAACCAUGACCGUAGUGAUUUUUUUUUUACAUCAGCACAAAUACACAGAGACCCUGGUUAAACAUCUAAAGUACAUAAUUGUGUCAGUGUCCAAGUGUAAUGUUAGCACUUUCAGUAAACUUUCAUACAGGCUGUCUGGUGCCAGGGAAAAAACCCACUCCCAGAAUUCUUCAGCAAAUUCAGACUUACCAAGCUUUACCAAACUCAUGUCAACCACAGUAAUUUAUAAUAAUUCAACACCAUUCCAACAGUUAGUGAGUCAGAUUCUGAUCUCACUGGUCUACUUAGUUUAUGAAUAAAAGUUUAAACAGAUUAUAAAUAUAAUUGCCAUGUAGAUUAAAUUUUAUAAAAUUGAUACAUGAAAACAAAUCUGAUUUAACAGUAUUUUAAUAUUUAUAAUAAUUAGUCUUUAUCUGAGACUGACUUUAAAUGUGAUGUAAAUGACAUCUUGAUUUUAAUUUUUUUGUUACAUUGUUAGCACUUGAUCAGAGUGAGAUUUAGGAGGCAAUUAAGUACUUAGUUAAACAUGGGGGUGUCUUGUUUAUAGGAAACUAAUCAUAAUGAAUAUGCUAUGGAUGAAGAUGAAGACUCAA